AUGGCUGUAACAACACUGGGGAAACGCAAGCGAUCUCCACAACUGCAGGAGCCCGAGGGCUGUCCCCCCGGUCUGCAGCCCCGGCCCGAGCCCCAGCCCGAGCCCCGGGCUCUGCCCAGGCUCCCGGGCCCCAGCCUCCCCGGCCCCAGCCCCAGGCUCCCCAGGCCCAGGCCCAGGCCCCCCAGCCCCAGGCUCAGCCCCAGGCCCCCCAGCCCCAGCCCCAGGCCCCCCAGCCUCCCCAGCCCCAGGCUCUCCGCCGCUUUCUUCAGCCGCCCCUGCGUCCCUCUGGCCAAGGCAAUGCUGGGACAGCUGCUGGUCAGGAGGUUCGCGGACGGGAGCCAAGCCGGAGGCAGGAUCGUGGAGACUGAAGCCUACCUGGGGGGCGAGGACCAGGCUUCCCAUUCCUGCGGGGGCAGGAGAACCCAGAGGAACGCGGCCAUGUACAUGGAGCCGGGCACCAUGUACGUGUACCAGAUCUACGGCCUGUAUUACUGUCUGAACGUGUCCAGCCGGGGGGCGGGGGCGGCUGUGCUGAUCCGAGGGCUGGAGCCUCUGCGGGGGCUGGAGGCGAUGAGACAGAGACGCAGCGCCAGGAGGACCGCCAGUGGGAGCAAAGCCCUCAAGGACCAGGAGCUGUGCAAUGGACCAGCCAAACUGUGCCAGGCACUGCAGGUCACCAAGGACUUCGACCGAAGAGACUUGGCCACAGACAGCGAGGCCUGGCUGGAACCUGGCCCGCAGGACAUCACUGAAGGAGAUAUUGUCUCCACCAGUCGCAUUGGUGUGGGUUAUGCAGGGGAGUGGACUGCCAAACCACUGAGGUUUUACCUGCAGGGGAACAAGUGUGUGAGUGUUGUGGUUAAGAAAUCUGAGAGGCCCAAGGCAGUGGUUGAGCAGGAGAAUGACCCCUCCUCCAGACAAAAUACACUGGGCAAAUUGGCUGCCAGGUUCGCACGCACUUAACGGAAAGUUUCCUGAA